CGAGCAGACCCUGAAUGCAGCAAAUGUACGUUUACAGGGAGACAGAAAUCAGACCUAGAGGAGCAGUUUGGACAUCUGAAAAUGGUCAUGAGCGCAGAGGAUGCAGGACAUGAGUGAGAGUGGUCCCUGCCUGUGGACGCGGCUCCCCCACAGCAGCCGGACCCCCUGUGACCGCUACAAGCACGCAUGCUGCAGCUCUGGUGGACAUGUCUACAUCCUGGGAGGACGAGACAACAGCAGUCUGAGGGACUUCUGGAGGUACAGCGUAGUUUGUGACGAGUGGACAGAGUUAGCCUGCACCAGUGACGCUGCACCAGAAGAACUAGAGGAACAUUCUAUGGUGGCUCAUGAGGGCUUCCUGUACGUGUUUGGAGGACUGCUGGAUUCUGCAUACACCAAGUGGAGAUGUCCCCUCUGGGUGUUUGACAUUGCUCAGCAGAAGUGGGUGCACUGGCAGAGCAAGAAGUGCUCCCCUCAGAGCCAGCCCACCAACAGGAAGGGCCACAGUGCCGUGGUGCUGGGCUCCUCCAUGCUGCUGUACGGAGGUAUCAUCGACAUGAAGGGAACCUCACAGGACUUCUGGAGUCUGGAUUUUGACUCCAUGGCCUGGUCCCUGCUGAGCGGCUCUCAGCAGGCCUCACUGGGCCCCGGCCCCCGACACAGUCACUCAGCCGUGGCCCACCAAGGCUGCAUGUACCUGUUCGGGGGCCUGAAGGGCCUGCGGGAGCAGAGAGACUUCUGGAAGUGGGACUCCUGCAGCCACAUGUGGAGUCCCCUCAGAAACAAGUCCGGCCCCUCCAGACUGAGGGGCCACUCCGCGGUGGCCUACAGGGACAGCAUGCUUCUGUUCGGGGGGGGCGAGAGCCAGAACUCUCCACAGAACUGCCUCUGGAGGUACCACUUCAGCAGCCAGUCCUGGGGGCAGGUAGCCACGCUCCCAGGCUCCAACCCCCCCCACAAGAUUCACCACUGCUGCACCGGGCUGGGGGCCAGCUACAGGUCUGACAGCAGCAGCCCUCCCCCCAGCUCAGAGCUCCAGCCCGGGCUGCUGGACGGGAAACUGAGGCCCUUCAAGAACAAGUGCUUCCCUGCACAGCUCACCUUCCUGGGGUCGGAGGGGGCCAUCGAGCUGGAGACCUUCAGCUGCUACAGGGGCACGACACAAUGCUCCAAACAGGACUACAUCAGAGAGAGCUUCACGGUCACUGAGCCCCCGCUCAUCCAAAACUGUCUGACCUUUGAGAACAAGGCUGUGAGGAAACAGUGGAGCCGCACCGAGGAGGAGGAGGAGGAGGUGGUGGUAGCUCAGCAUCUGCCUGACUUGCUGCUGGUGCUGGGGGGGAGACCCUGCUCCAGGGCCAGUCCUAUCUCCGUAUGGCAUAUGACUCUCACUGACUCGUAACUAACAUACAAACUAGUGUACAGUACAAACAUGUCGGCUGUACGAUCAACAACACCAGUGUUAUAUCACCAGGCGUCAGCUCACAUGCUGUGAAUAAGGACAUAUAUAUUUUCAUAAUAUUAUCGUUUUGAGUUUCAAUGUUUUGCGGCUUUCCUUUAUGCAGUGAUCAAAUGAAAUAUAGAAACAUUUAAAGAAAAGCGUCACAUUAUUUCAGUUGUUGAACAAAGAGCAUUAGUACGAUAGUGAAGAAACACAGCACACACGGUGUUAUCUUCCACUGCCUGAUCCCCACAGGCUGUUAGACAUAUUGCACAAUUCAUUUAUUAGGAACUGCAAACAUGGAGCUGAUAAUAAUGCAAUAAGACCUGGAUUACACACGAUGGCGCCAGAGCUCAAUUUAUAGAUCUCCAUAGAAUGUAUUGAUUUAAUACCUUUGUUGCAAACAUUAUUUAAAGAAUAGAGUGAUUACAUACAAAUUCGUAUAAUUACAACAACUUAAUAUUGUGUGUAUUUUUGCACUAAAUCAAAAGGAACAAUUUGGAGUUGUGGUUAUUUACAUGUUGUUAUGAUUGUACUGGUCCGGCCCAUGAGAUCCAAUGUGGCGUUAUGUGGCCCCUGAACUGAGAUGAGUGGGACUCCCCUGGAUUAUAACAUAUCUCUGCAUUUUGAUAUUAAAUGUCCACAAUUUGUUGGCCUAAAAUCAAAUGAACAGUGCUUUCAAAUCACUACACUCAUUGUUAUUACAUUGCUCUCCUGUCCAGCUGUAUUUCAGAAACCUUUUCUUCACAAACAUUCAUUUUACACGGAAAAUCGUGGAAUGAUUUUCUGCUUUCACCAAAUCUGAGUUUGACCAUCAGGCCUGCAAACAUUCUAUCAAGUGUCCACCUUGAAAGUCAAAAAGCUUAACUCAUGAACUGAUACAGCUCUGUGUGCUUUUACAGGGAUGCAUUCACAAACGCUAACAUCAAGUUAAAGAAAUGGUUGUUGUACAUGGUGUGUAGUUGCCAGGUGCUGCAGGUUCAACUCAAAGAGUCAAGUCGAUGUGUGAAGUGAAACAUCUGAAUGGUCUCUCUCCCUUUACAGGCUCAACGAGCUGUUUCCAUGGCUGUUUCCAUGGCAUCUACGUCCAUACGUUCGUGCGUGCAACUUAGUAUCGUAUGUUUGCCAAAUAUGAUUUCAUUUCAUAUUAUUUUCAGUUGUUGUCCCCUCCUUCCAUUCAGUAGCCUGAGUCUGGAGGUUCUAGGACAUCUGGCUUAUUUUCUUUUUUGUUGUGCUUCUUUGGCUUUGUUUCAUUGUGCAAAUAAAGAAAAUCAUAAACAUUC